AUGAAAGGUCAGAAAAUCAUUGUCCCUAAGGUGCUUAGAGAGCAAAUGAUGGAGAAAAUCCAACAUGGACACAUGGGUGUUGAGAAGUGUCUCAAACGCGCCAGAGACAUCCUGUUUUGGCCGGGAAUGUCGUCUGAUAUUACUGAAAUUGUCUUAAAAUGUCCUAUAUGCUUAGAAAGACGGAACGAGAAUCCGAAGGAACCGUUACUUCUGCGUGAAGUUCCGCAAUACCCUUGGCAAACAGUUGCCACAGACCUUUUCAGCUGGAAUGAACAAAACUUCAUAGUAAUAGUCGAUUACUAUAGCCGCUAUGUUGAGGUUGAAAGACUGCUGAGUACCAAAAGUCAUGCUGUCAUUUCAAAGCUUAAGAGCUCAUUUUCGCGAAAUGGCAUACCUGAAAAGGUUAUCUCGGACAACGGUCCACAGUAUGCGUGUGACGAGUUUGCUGCAUUUGCUAAACAAUGGGAUUUUAUACACGAGACAUCUAGUCCACACUAUCCCCAGUCAAAUGAUCUAGCAGAAAAGACAGUACAGACCGUCAAAAGGAUUUCGUCAAAGUCCAAGGUCGAUAGCCAUGAUCCUCUUCUAGCCCUACUCGAGUAUAGGACAACCCCUCUCGAUAUCGGCUUUAGCCCCUCACAGCUUCUUAUGGGUCGGAAGUUAAGGUCAUUGCUUCCUGCAUCACAAGAGACAUUGAAACCCAAAACCCCAAACCCACUACAGGUCGGAGAAUCUAUACAACAAAGUCGUCUGCGGGAGAAGUAUUAUGAUAGGAGUGCACAGCCCCUUAAGCCCUUAGACAUUGGAGACCCUGUCCGCCUUCGGCAAACUACUGGUCUUUGGGAACCUGCUACGGUCGUUCAACAAAAUGAUGAUAGAUCGUACACUGUUAUGACCCCCAAACAGGUCAAGUACAGGCGUAACCGUCGUCACCUACUUGCCUCACCAGAGGUCAAACCAAGGUCAUGUGUGUUAGAUGAUCCUCCAACCCAAGAAGUAGAUUCUGCCGCACCACUAGAUUAUGCCCUGCCAUCGAAUAAAGGCAGCAAGCCCUCUCCUGAUUCCCUUCCAAUAACACCCCCAUCCUUUCCACUCCUAAUCUUAGUGGUGAAGACUUGCCAUAUAUCACUCGUUAAGGCAGAAUGGUUAAACUAA